AUGGCGCAGUCAGGAAAUGCAGCUGCAGCAGCAGUACGCGUCUCUCCCCCAUCGCAGCAACAGCAGCAGCAGCACGGCUGCGACCGCCGCGACAGGCGCGCACAGUCGUUAGAAUCGCAGAGGAAGCGCAACAGGGGUGCCGAUUUUGACCUUGACGCCUCGCCGUCCGCCAAGUCCGCUAAAACCGGUGCCUGCGCUACGAGUCGCCCUUCCUCCUCCUCCCCUCGCCCUUCCUCCUCCCAAUCUUCCCCCAACUCCCCCUUCCCCUCGGCUUUCCUCUCGUCUCGUGCGACUGAGAUUUUCGGCACGCCGACGGGACGCCUAGAGGAUUACUUUACGCUCGAGUCGGCAGUGUUGGGUUCGGGGCAGUUCGGAACGGUGCGCAGGUGCGUCGAGAAGGCAACCGGGACGCCUUUCGCGUGCAAGACCAUCUUAAAGAGCCGGCUUACCUCCGAAUCGGAGCGCCAUGACGUGCGACGCGAGGUCGUGCUAAUGCAGCGUCUCGCUGCGGGCGCGCCUUGCGGCGCAAGAACUUCCGGCGCAGCUGUAGGCGCAUCUUCCGCCGGAGCCGGCGGCGGCCUCGCGGGGUACAAUCCGCACGCGGGGGUGGUGCAGCUGCGCGCGGUGUUCGAGGACGACGCGGCCGUGCACAUGGUCAUGGAGCUGUGCGACGGUGGCGAGCUGUUUGACGAAAUCGUGCGACGCGGGCGACUGAGCGAGCGCGACGCGGCGCAGGUGUUCAGCCAGAUAGUGUCGGCUGUCGCCUUCUGCCACUCCCGCGGCGUGCUUCAUCGCGACCUCAAACCCGAAAAUGUCCUCCUCGCGCGCUACCCCGCUUCCGCCGCCUCCGUUUUCCCCGCAAUCCCCCCCGCAACUCCGCGCGCAACUCCCGCCGCCUCCCCCGCCGCUUCCGCCGUCGCAGCAGCCGGCGCGGGCCAGCGCGUCGUCGCGAAGCUGGCGGAUUUCGGGCUCGCGAUUCCGCUCAAGCAGGGCGAGCGCGCGCGCGGAGUCGCCGGAUCGCCUUUCUACAUCGCUCCCGAAGUCCUCCGGGGCGACUAUUCCCUCGAAGCCGACGUGUGGUCUCUGGGCGUUAUCCUCUACAUUCUCCUCAGCGGCGCGCCGCCCUUCUGGGGCCCGACGGACAGGGACGUCUUUAUGAAGGUGCUGCAGGGCGCGGUGGACAUGGGCGGGGAGGAGUGGAGAGGGGUGUCGGAGGAGGCAAAGGGGUUGGUGCGGUGCCUGCUGCAGAGGGACCCCAGGAAGCGGCCGGCUGCUGGGAAGAUUCUGACUCACCCGUGGAUUCUCCUCAACUGCCUCGCAUGCCACGUGGCAACACAGGGGGAUGCCAAGCCAAGCCUCAUGAGCACAGCCAGCAGCAGCUAA